AUGGCGCCGAUACCGCGCGACGCCAAGGUCUAUGUCGCCGGCCACCAGGGCCUCGUCGGCGGCGCCAUCUGGCGCGCGCUGCAGGCGGCCGGCUUCACGAACCUCGUGGGGCGCACGCGCGCCGAGCUGGACCUGACUGACGAGGCGGCGGUCGACGCGUUCUACGCGGCAGAGAAACCUGAGUAUGUGUAUGUGGCGGCCGCCAAGGUGGGCGGGAUCCUCGCCAACAACACCUACCCGGCCGACUUCCUGAUCGACAACCUCAGGAUCCAGACCUCCGUGAUCACCGGCGCGCACCGCGCGGGCGUGAAGAAGCUUCUGUUCCUGGGCUCGAGCUGCAUCUACCCCAAGUUCGCUGCGCAGCCCAUGACGGAGGACAGCCUGCUUACAGGCUCCCUGGAGCCGACCAACGAAUGGUACGCGGUUGCGAAGAUCGCCGGCAUCAAGACGUGCCAGGCGCUGCGCAAGCAGCACGGCUUCGACGCAAUCAGCGUCAUGCCCACCAACCUCUACGGCCCCGGCGACAACUUCCACCCGACGAACUCGCACGUGAUGCCGGCGCUCAUCCGGCGGUUCGUGGAAGCCAAGCAGGCGGGCGUAACUCAGGUGACCUGCUGGGGCACCGGGAACGUGUACCGUGAGUUCCUGCAUGUCGAUGACCUGGCGGCGGCGUGCCUGCACCUGAUGGAGGUGUACAGCGACGCCGGCAUCGUAAACAUCGGCACCGGCGUGGACGUGACGAUCCGGGAGCUUACUGAGAUGGUGCGCGCCGCUGUUGGCUGGGAGGGCGAGAUCGUCUGGGACACCACCAAGCCGGACGGCACACCGCGGAAGCUUCUCGAUGUGUCGAAGCUCGCGGGGCUCGGGUGGCGGGCCGCGGUGCCGCUGGACAAGGGCGUGCGGGAGACGGUGGAGUGGUUUGUUGCCAGCCAGAGCAAGCAGGAGCUGCGGCUGUGA